ACGCGUCACACCUAUGAACGCUUUCUACUAUAGUACCAUCGGAGUACCAUAGCCGUAGCCAACACUGAACCAUGGCAUCUACUCAAGACCUCCUCAAGCAAGCUGCAGAUCUCUCGUCCUCUAACCCAAAGCGUGCAGAGGAGCUUUACAAACAAAUAUUGAAUUCUACGGCAUCAACCUCCAAGGGAUCGGCAGUCAAUGCCGACAAGGAACAGUCUUUGCGUGACCAAGAGUUAGCCUUGAUAAAACUCGCAGAGCUCUAUCGAGAUCAAAAAGAUGCCAGUGGCUUAGCGCAAGUCAUCACACUCUCGAGAUCAUUUAUGUCUUCAACUGCCAAGGCAAAGACUGCUAAGCUGAUCCGCACGCUUCUUAAUUACUUUAACUCUAUUCCUAACAGCCGGCAAACUCAGAUCGAUGUCCUAACCGACAACAUUGAGUGGUCAAAGCGCGAAAAGCGCAUAUUCCUCAAACAUAGCUUGGAAAUUCGACUCGUUUCCUUGCAGCUUGAAGCACUGCAGUACAAGUUAGCCUUAACGCGAAUCGACGCACUCUUGACAGAGUUGAAAAGGUUAGAUGACAAGAUGAUUCUUACCGAAGUACACCUGCUCGAGAGUCGCGUCUACCGUGGCAUUGGAAACCUGUCGAAGUCCAAGGCUGCCCUUACUUCCGCCAGGACUGCUGCAAACUCAAUAUAUUGUCCUCCUCAUCUUCAAGCAGCGUUAGACCUCCAAUCUGGUGUUCUCCAUGCCGAGGACAAAGAUUACACUACUGCAUAUUCGUAUUUCUAUGAGACUUUCGAGAACAUGUCGUCGCAGGAUGACCCAGCAGCGCUGAACGCACUCAAGUACAUGCUUUUGUGCAAGGUCAUGUUGAAUAUGCCCGAAGAUGUAACAUCACUUCUCUCGAUCAAACUCGCAGUGAAAUAUGCUCAGCUCCGCGAGAUCGAGAGCAUGCGUGCCAUAGCGCUUGCGCAUCAGAAUCGAAACUUGUCAGAUUUCGAGAAGGCCCUUCGGGAUUACAAACACGAACUCUCGUCCGACCCUACUAUUCGCUCACAUCUUGCAGCGCUUUACGACACCCUUCUCCAACAGAAUUUACUGCGUAUCGUUGAGCCAUACUCGGUGGUAGAGAUUGACUACGUUGCCAAACAGGUCGGGCAAGGACGGCAGGACGUUGAGGCCAAGCUAUCUCAGAUGAUCUUGGACAAGGUGUUCCACGGCGUGCUGGAUCAGGGACGAGGAUGCCUGAUCGUAUUCGAUGAGCUAGAAGCUGACAACACGUAUGGUGCAGCAAUUGGUACCCUGGAACAAGUUAGCAAGGUCGUAGACUCGUUGUAUGCCAAAACUGUCAAGAUUGCAUAGAUGUAGUUGUUUAUAUGUCCUCCUUCCUACACAUGAAAUUCAACACGAUACGUAUACUUAAGAGGGGGAAACGGCCACACUGUCAAUGGUAGAUAUUUCCGCGCUCA